AUGUUAAGAUCAUUUACUCGUUCAUUCACUUCUACAGUUGUUAAACGUGAUUUUGCCAGAGCUCAAUUGUUUGGUAGAGUUGGGAAUGUUGACUUUAGAGAAUCUGAAAGUGGCACCAAAUAUGUUACUUAUAGUGUUGCUGUGAACCGUUACGACAGAGAAUCGAAUGAUAAUGUUCCUACCUGGUACAGAGUUGUCGCAUUUGAUCCAAUUCAAAUUGACCGUUUAGAAAAGAUCUUGAAAGUUGGUAGACUUGUUCAUGUUGAUGCAGCUUUGCGUGUGAGACGUCAUGAAGAUCCAGAAACUCACAAAUUUACAAGUGAAAUUUCAUUGGUUCAAACAGGUUUUGAUAUUGCUAGUUAUAAAAAGAGAACAGAGGGUGAAGGCGAAGGCGAAGGUGAGAACAGCUCUCACGCAGAAGAGUAG